CAGCGCUCCGCGGGAGGGGCCGGAAGAGGAAGUCGGGACUGCACCCCAGAGGUCCGGGUACCGCCAGCGCCGCCUGCGCCCAGCUGCCCGCCUCGGGAUGGGGCCGCUGCCCUCGCUGCACGCUCCUGCGGCCGCCCUGCUCUGGAGCUGCUUGCUGGGACUGACGGCUGCUCAGGAAGCCAUCCUGCACGCGUCUGCAAAUGGUGAAUCUUCACUUUCCAAGGACUAUUGCAUGCAUUAUAACCCCAAAUGGACAAGGCUUCCAAGUUCCCUAGAAAAUGCAACUUCCCUUAGCUUGAUGAAUCUGACUGGCACGCCACUGUGCCACCCUUCUGAUAUUCCUCCUGAUGGCAUAAGGAACAAGGCAGUGGUGGUACAAUGGGGACCCUGCAAUUUUCUCGAAAAAGCCAAGAUUGCACAGCAGGGUGGUGCUGAAGCAUUGCUGAUUGCCAACAGCAGUGUCCUACUUCCUUCCUCCAGGAACAGAUCUGAAUUCCAAAAUAUGACUAUAUUAAUUGCAGUUAUAAGCCAAAAAGACUUACAAGAUAUGCAGCAGACUCUUGGAGAUAACAUUACCGUGCAAAUGUAUUCUCCAUCCUGGCCUAACUUUGACUAUACUAUGGUGGUUAUUUUUGUAAUUGCUGUGUUCACUGUGGCAUUAGGAGGAUACUGGAGUGGACUCAUUGAAUUGGAAAACAUGAAGUCAGUGGCAGAUGCUGACGAUAAAGAGAUGAGGAGAAAGAAGGAAGAGUAUUUGACUUUCAGCCCUCUUACAGUUGUUGUGUUUGUGGUCAUCUGCUGUGUAAUGAUCGUCUUGCUCUAUUUCUUCUAUAAGUGGCUUGUUUAUGUUAUGAUAGCAAUUUUCUGCAUAGCAUCAGCAAUGAGUCUGUACAACUGUCUUGCUGCGUUGGUUCAUAGGAUGCCAUGUGGACAGUGCACGAUUUCCUGUUGCGGCAAAAAUAUUAAAGUGAUCUUGGUUUUCCUCUCUGGACUGUGCAUCUCUGUCGCUGUUGUGUGGGCUGUGUUUAGAAAUGAGGAUAGAUGGGCCUGGAUUUUACAGGAUAUCUUAGGAAUUGCUUUCUGUCUCAAUUUAAUAAAAACAAUGAAGUUACCUAAUUUCAAGUCAUGUGUGAUACUGCUAGGCCUUCUCCUGGUCUAUGAUGUGUUUUUUGUCUUCGUAACACCAUUCAUCACAAAGAACGGCGAGAGCAUCAUGGUGGAACUUGCUGCUGGGCCUUUUGGGAAUGCUGAAAAGAAUGAUGGAAACUUUGUGGAAGCCACUGCUCAACCCUCAGCUCCCCAUGAGAAAUUGCCAGUACUUAUCAGGGUGCCAAAGCUGAUCUGUUACUCAGUAAUGAGUGUAUGCUUCGUGCCUGUUUCAAUAUUGGGUUUUGGAGAUAUUAUUGUACCAGGCCUGUUGAUUGCAUAUUGUAGAAGAUUUGAUGUUCAGACCGGUUCUUCUUCUGUAUACUUUAUUUCAUCCACAAUCGCCUAUGCUAUUGGCAUGAUAAUUACAUUUGUUGUCCUGGUGCUGAUGAAGAAGGGGCAGCCCGCCCUCCUCUAUUUGGUACCUUGUACACUUCUUGCUGCCUCAGUUGUUGCUUGGAGUCGUAAGGAGAUGAAAAAGUUCUGGAAAGGGAGCAGCUAUCAGGUGAUGGACCAUCUGGACUAUUCAACAAAUGAAGAGAGCCCAGUGACUACUGAUGCGCAGGCUGGGCAGCAGUAAUUGCAUGGACCUACAAUGAUGUGCUGUUGAUUUUUUACGACUAGAAUUCGCCACCCCCCCCCACCCUUUUUAUUUUGCUUUCUGAGACAGUUGGUAUUGCAGCUCACAUUCUCCUGCCUCUGCCUCCCCAUUGUUUGGAACUAUAGCUGUGGAACAGCAUGCCCAGCAAGUUUUAAAUCAAAGUUUGAACUGAAAAUUGGAAACAUUUGCAGUGCUGUUUGCCAAUCCAUAUAUUUUUAUGAGCUGGUAAAAUUCAUCAUACAUAGCGAAAAUGCAUUUUCUUUUAAAGUUGUGCCUUCACAAUCAAUGAAAACUAUCGGUUUCUGUAGUUUCCAAAUGUACUAUAUACAUUAUAUUUUUCUAAAAAAAAAAAAAAAAAAAAGUCACCUUGACCCUCUCCUGUACUUUUCUUACUAAAAUAUUUCUCCAAAAUCUAAGGGUAGAUCAUUUAUAAAUGUCAACGCAAGUUUCUUGAGUAGAUGUUUUUGUUUACGAUUUAUGCAAAUCUUAUCCCCUCUACAGGAAUAACUUCUUAAGGCUGUUCAAGAAAGCAAUUCAGCAGCAAAAAAUUGGUCUUUAUAUUAUUUAGAAGUUUUUAAAAAUACAAGGGAGUACAUAGUAACACAUCCCUUUAUAGUUUAAGUUUAAAAUUUUUCUUUACUUUUAUUUUUAUUUCAUGUGUAUAGGUGUUUUUCCUGUAUACAUGUCUGUCUGUGCACCACAUUCAUGCCUGGUGCCCAUUGGAUCCCUUGGGACUGGAGUUACAGAUGGCUGUAAGCUGCCUUGUGGGUGCUGGGACUUGAACCCAGGUCCUCUGGAAGAGCAACCAGUGCUCUUAAUUGCUGAGCCAUCUCUCCUGCCUUGUAGUUUUAUGUUUUUAAAAACUUGUAACCCUUUUUAAAACUUGAGCACCUAAAUUGCUUCAGGCUGAGUAUGUAUUAUAUUAGACUAUUUUUUAGCUAGAAGGAAACAUAAUAUAUAAAAAUAAACAUUUGGAGGAUACAAAAACUGAAUCUAGUUUCUGUCAGUACUCCAUUUACUUGAAGAUAUAGAUUAAAUGUCUGUACUUAUUCAAAUUUUAUUUUGGUUUUUCUGAUCUUUGAAAUUUGAUUCCAUUGAUUAGGUUUUAUCUUUUAAAUUUUUUCUUAUCUGACUAGAUAUCAUAUGUAUAAUUUAUUGUUCAUAAUCCUGACAGUCUCCCCAUUAUCUGUCAUCACCCCGGUUCCCAGUCUUCUCUUUCUGUAAUUGAGCCCUGCCGACCUUGGAGGGAUGUGUGCUGUUCAGGGUACAAAUGUACUUUUGUUCAUCAGUUUCCUCGCCUCCAAAAUGAGUAGUUAGAACAGUCAUCACUCUGCUGACUUGCAACUUGAAAGAAAUAAUUUUCUUUUCAUUCUUUGCAGAAUCUCAGGUUUUUUUUUUUAUAGAAAUUAGAGGUGAAAUUAUCUCUCAAAUUAUUUUAAUUUCUCAAAGAAAGUACCAAGUGACAAGUCAUUACAAAAGCUCAGGAUUUUGCAUUUCUUUGUAAAUAAUGAUGCACACGCUGUGUGAACAAACCCAAUCUUUAAUGUUAAAACCAAUUCAGCUUAUUCAAAGGUAAAAACUAGUGCAUUGAAAAAUGGGCUAGACCUUUGAUAUUUGAACUAAAGUUCAAUUAGAUGCUUUUGUUUAAUUGUUAACUUUUGCUGAGUAAAUGACAGGGAGGCUGCACUGACAGCCCCUUUCUAUCCAGUACAGGUCUGUGGUCUUCUGUUUACAGCAAACGAGAUGCCCUAUGAGAUACAAGUUAAGUGCCAUUUUUACAAUUCCAAUUGUACUUUCACUUACAAUGUCAAUAAAAUGCUUGCCAAAAUACAACUGUUUUACUAA